AUGUCAGGAUCGAGAGGGAGUCGGUUCGCGCUCAGCCGAUCUAAUCCUUUUUUCUGCUCUGAUUUUUUUCGGGGGGAGGGAGGGAGGGAAAAGGUGGGGAGUGCCCUCGCCAAGAGAGGCUUUGGGGAGGGGCGCACCGUGCAAAGCACCGCAGCAGCCCCGUCUGGGGCCGUGGAGGGGGGGAGCGCCCCAACCCGCGUUUCUAUAGGAACCCCUUUGAGAAGAGGAGACUCACCCGCCGCCGGCCGCCGAGGCCUCUCCAAAAUAUUAAUCAGUGACCAUCUGACACCGCGCUUCGGGGAGGGACCGCAGGCCCGGGCGAGGACGCCGGCCUGCUCGCCAGCCCGUCCUGCCUAA